AUGAAGUUGUCACACAGAAAUGUUAAACUUUUCAAGAAUUCUUCUAGACAGUGUCUGUUUUCAACUCAGACCAGUAUUUCAAGGCUGGAGGGAGUAAGGAGGAUAAUGAAGGAAUAUAAUGGUGACACUUUUAUCAUUAUUCUUGGGGUUGAUUCUCUGUUCAAUAGAGGUUCUGUGAAUGCUGCAUCGUAUUUAUUGUUUAAUGCAUACGAAAUGAAUUGCGGUGAACUAACCGAAUGUAAACAUGAACUAGACAUUUUAGAAGAUAUGUUUCUUUGUAUCCGCUUGAAUGAAGUUAUACUUUACUGCAAUUUUGCAAGCUUUAUCUUGAUCUUACCUUAUGUUAGUCACUGGCCUAACCUACGCAUACAUUACGUAAAUGAAAAUUACAUGACUGACUCUGAGAAACAUGAAGAUUUGAAAAUUAGUGUGUUCGAAAGCACUUUGUCCAAUUUCAAAAGGAUUAUUGUACCUUAUACAGAUCCUCAAAGUAACAGAAAUAAAAUUUUCAACAAGUUGAUGAUAGAAGACUGGCCACUUGUUCAAAGCUAUGCCUACGACAUUAAGCGUCAAUUGUCAAGAGAAUUUUUCACUCUAUCUCGCGAGGUGAUUGAUGUAGGUGACAGUCUUCGUCAGUUAACAGAAAGAAUUGAUCCGGUGUUUAUUGAGUGCUUUGUAAGCAGAACAAUUAUAUCAUUUGCAUCUUCCUUCGAAUUCGCACUCCGUGCAAUAGACUCAACUUAUCAAUUAAAUCAAUCACAAGAAUUAACUGAAAAACAGAUCGAAGGACUUACAAGCAUGUAUAAGUAUUCCAAUAAACGAGAUAAUCAUCAUAUAAAGAGAUGCAUUUGUCCACCUUUUUUGCUUUAUGGCAUAAAUACAACCAAGAACUGUUUAAAGUUUCCUUAUACGCUUUCAAUGAAGACCCACAGAAACGACAAUAUACAUAUGAUUAUUCGUGGUAGUGAACAAACUGUUGGAAUAUCCUGUGAACGAACAUAUUUCCUGCAAAAAUCAACAAAAUCAGAUAAUAAACAGAACACACUAUUAAAAACGCUUAUUCAAAUUUACUUACACUUAAUAAAUGCAGUUGCCAUGUUCAUUAAUCAAAUUAAAACAACCUUAACAGAUUUAGAUGAGAUUGCAACAAAAAUAAGAGAAGGGAUUGAAAAGAAAAUAAAUUUCGUGAAGUAUGAAGAAAUCGACAUUGAAUUUGAAUACGUUCAUGGGAAACGCAGUGAAGCUGUACAGUUGAUAACACUUUUGGUAAGAAUAUAUGACAUUCAAGAUGAAGAUGGUCAGACAUUCGGUAGCAUGGGACUCAAAGACACACUACUUAUUUCAUCACUCAAGUUAAAUACCAUCCUUAUUAGUCGAAAUGUGAUCAAUCUCACUGAAAAUAUACCCUAUAUAUGUUACUGGACACCUAUUGAAAAAUUUCUCAAACUUAUUGAAAAAGAAAUUGAUGGUGGAAAAAAGUGUUUAUUAAAUGGGGAGUUGGAAAUUGUUACUGUUCCAGUUGGGAAUACGUGCCUAUCAUUGAUAAAUUGUAUUUGUUAUCAUAAUCGUAUCAUACUUUAUGGUAAACGAUAUGGAGUGUCUGUCUUAGAACCAAAGAAAAUUAACCAUUUUCGAUCGCCAGAUACAUCCCAACCUGAUCUUAUUGAGCUUCAAUUUAAUCCAGAUAUUUUUAAAAAUGCAAAUGACUUUGUUUCACCAUACCUAUAUUCCGCCUUAUUGGAAGAAACGGAUGAAACAGGUCUGCAUACAUCCAUAUGGCUUAUUGUUAAACAACGCUCGAAAAUUAGACGAUUACUAAUUGAAAAUGUUUUCCCAGUAUGGCGUAGUACAGGCCUGUUGGAGGUGCCUUCAAACAAGCCUAACCAUUGCGCUACCAAAGCGUCCUUUAUUUCUUAUCAUUUAGAACAGGAAUUUUCUAAAACAUCACAUGAUAAUACAGUAUCUGGAAAAAAACUUGAUGAAAAAUCCGAACUUAAAGAUGAAGAUUGUAAUUUGUUAAUGGCUCAAUUGCUAACAUAUCAGCCGUCCACUAAACACUGGAUUCGGAUAUUUCGUGAUGAAUUAUUGCAUGUUGAAGCUAGUGUAUGCUUUAAUGUACCAAUCCCGACUGCUAACGCAUGUGCCAAUUUAUGCUUGAAAUGUGGUAUAAAUCCGCAGUCCUAUAUAAUUUUGGAACAUGGACAAAAAAUUGAUUGGGAUUACAUAAUAAACGAAGCAGCUAUAGGGACAAAUAUUCAAGUUUACAAUAAAUACAAAGAAACACCAUUUAAUGUUAAAGAUAAAGUACCAAAUGAUCAUCCUGAAGUUUCCAAACGACAGUUUAAGGAAACUAAUUUUAGUGACAAUCGAAAGUUUGGUUGUAUGAUGUUAAAUAAUCCGCUUACUAUCACAGUGAUAUGUGGGCCUCCAGGAAGUCGAAAAGAACUAGUUGUAGCAAAUAUUUUAAACUUUGUAAAAGAAUAUAUUGAAUGGAUUGAAAUAAAACCAGAUAAUUCCGAUGAAAUAACAACAUCUUUGCAUAAUGCUUUGCUGAAAUACUGUGAAAUACAAUGUAAAAUAAAUAACGGCAAUGAAUUAAAACCAAGGUGUCAUGGUAUUUUAUUAUGCCCGGAUAUAACUGGAUCAAGAGAGAUUUUGGCAUCAAUUGCUGAACUACAUCAAAAACUUGAAGUAAACGAAAAUACUACGUUGAUUAAAAUUGGUUGUGUCGCGACAUGUGUUGAUUUACGAAUGGCCAUUAUGGAUAAUGGAAGAAUGACGUUUCCAGGUGUCCUAGAACUGAUUGCUGAAGGAUGGACAAACUAUCUACUGUUAACCGGACCUCCAAAAUCUAACCAGGUGAAUGCUACCAAAAUGGGUGUACCAUUCACUGAAAUUGAAGAACUCUUACAUUCAGCCAAUCCACGUUUGAGUCAUCUAUUUAUUCCAGAUGGAAAAACUGAAAAUAGUCAUACACUUGAAGCAUUAAUGGAUGAAAAUGAAUUUUCAAAUCCAAUAUUGCAACGUGCACGUUUGUUAUCUUACCCAAGUCUUUGUACUCUCACUCCAUCGUCCCCCAGAUUGCGCAAUAUAACACUACAUUUUAAUCGACAACUUGAUCGAAAGCUAUUUAUGAAUGCUUUGAAUGGCAUAUUUAAAGACUUGAAGCCGUGGCCUUUUCAUGGAAAUAUCUACACAUUAUGUGGGCAAAUCGCUUUUUUAGACGAUCCAUCGAAACUCUAUGAAUUGGACUAUGUAACCUUGUCGGGUAUCAAUUGUUUAUAUCAAGUAAAUAAAAAGUCAAAUAGAAACGACAAACUUUACUGGUUGACUUGUACAAUAGCAGAUUCAUCAAACAAUAUGGAAAAUUCAAAUGAACUAAAUAAUUUAUUUGCUAAUUGGAUUAGAGAAACACUAGCCAAACAUGAGAAACCUAGAGAACUUAUAAAAAGAUCAGAUUUAACUGAAGAAGACUUCAAUAAAAUCCAUGAAAGGUAUCAUUUAUAUCCUCUUCCACAAGGUUGGUACUAUACUGGAACAUAUUAUGUUAACAUGAAUGGAGAGAAAUUGUUUCAACAUCCAAGUAUUAACCAAUUUAUCGAAGAAUAUAUUGAGGGAGAAAACAACAAGAUUGAAGCGAGGAAUGCUCGAAUACGUUGCCAUCCUGUGCCUGACUUGUUCAGUUAG